AUGGCUUGCGUCGGUGCUGAAAACGCCUGCGUGGACGUCGACGCUCUGUUCGCGAGCUGCUGGGAGCAGAACGACUCCCUCACUCGCUUCGUCUGCAGCAUGAUUGCAGCUCCACGCCUGGCCGUCUCAAGUUGGAUCAGGCCGUGCGAGAAAGCAGCAGUGGAGGUGCAGUCGGUUCUCGCUCUCCCUGUUGUCGCUCUUCUGGAAGAAACUAAGUCAACGGAGGCAGAGGCAGAAACCGUCAACCAUCCCACUGAAGCUUGCAAGGCGGAUGCUGCAGCUGUGACUGCUGCCGUUUUGAUUGAGGCUGAAAAAGCUGAGCAAGCUAAGAAACCGGCGGAAUUGAAAAAGAAAGUGACUUCGUUCCUGGAGCUGCUUGCUCAGGAAGACUUUGUUGCCUCUCCUACGGUUAAGGCUGUUGCUUCCUCAUCCAAGGUUGCGGCCUGGUUGGGUGUGGAAGCUGGAUCAGAGCAGGGUGGGAAGGGGGGAGCAGAGGCGAGCAGCGGGUGGUGCAGCUUGAGUCGCAGUGAGAGCAGCUGCAGCAGCCGCAGUGCGUGUCUCAUCCACCUCUCCUCGGACUCCUCCUCCUCGUCCUCCUCCUCUGCUAACAGCCUCUGCAGCAGCCCCACUGGCUUGACGGAAAUAACUGGUGUGAAGAGGGGGAUUGGCCGAGGCGUUUCCAGCAUUGGGAAAGGAUGCUCUCUGUCCACUCCCUACCAUUUCACUGAUCUCUUGGCAGCUGAGGAAGAAUCAGUGAAGAGUGGGAUCGGUAUGGGCUUUUUCUGCAGUGGGAAGGACUGGAGCAUGGAGGUGAAGGGGUUUGGGAACGCGGAGCAAGGACAGACUGUCUUGAAUCUUCUGUAUGGGUAUGAUGAUGAGGAGGAAGAAGAGGAUGGCAGCAGCAGAGAAAGGUGCAAGAUCUCUGGGACCGGAACAAUGUGUUACAUGAAUCAGCUGUAUAUGGAUGAGGAAGAGGAUGAGGAGGGGAAGGCAUUGGCGGCAUCAGGCAUCUCUGUGGGCAUCGGCAGGUUUGGAGCCAGGCGGAGAAUCACUGGCUCUAGCAGCCGGGUCACUCUCCGGGGGAUCAGUGGUGCGCUGAGACAGUUCUAG